GAAGUUGUGACUUUCUUACAUAAAUAAAAGGAGUGCUUUCCUAGUUGCCAUGUCUAUUUUUUCAUGGGGAUGUUAUUAAGUUGACAUGACAUUUUUCAGUUCAAAAUCCUUUUUUCUGUUGUUCAGUCAAAAUGAAAUGAACUGAAUCUUUGUUUAGUCCUUGGUAAUAAUAUAUGGCUCUAACUUUCCUCACAAAGCAAUAGCAUAUGCUUGGAAAGAAGCGGUUAGUUUUUGUUUUCCCAUUCCAAAGCAUGUAUUCCGUUUCCACGCUACUCCAAUCCAAUACGAGCCCAUCUUUCUCCUCUUCUGGCUUCUGCUCUUCGAUCGGUGCAGAAACCGCCUACGUCAACACAAGAUAAGAGGCGUGACAUAAGCUACUGGAUCACUCGCUCUCAAGCUCUUCUUACUCCAAAGUCCAGUGAAGAGAAGCAGCAGCAGUGGGCAUGUCGCCGGCGACGGCGAGAGGCGGUGCCCAGGAGGACUACCAGCCCGGCGAAGCCGGCGUGGACAAGGACGGCGGCGCCAAGGAAGGGAAGGGCACGUGGAGACACGCGGCGUUCCACGUGGCGACGACGAUCGCCACGCCGGCAGCCUACGCUCCCCUGCCCUUUGCUCUUGCAUCCCUGGGCUGGCCUCUGGGUGUUUGCUGCUUGGUGAUAGGGACGCUGGUCACCUGGUGUUCGAGCCUGGCCGUUGCCUCACUGUGGCAGUGGAACGGAGAGAAGCACACCAGCUACCGGCUGCUCGCACAAAGCAUAUUUGGUCCAUGGGGCUACUGGUAUGUGUCAUUCUUCCAGCAAGUGGCCUCGGUUGGCAACAACAUUGCGAUCCAGAUUGCGGCCGGCAGCAGCCUCAAGGCCGUCUACAAGCACUACUACGCCGCCGACCACGGCGCGAUGACGCUGCAGCACUUCAUCCUCCUCUUCGGCAUGCUCGAGCUGUUUCUCUCGCAGCUUCCUGACAUCCAUUCGCUCCGGUGGGUGAAUGCUACCUGCACUGCUUCCACCAUUGGGUUUGCAGGGACGGCCAUCGGUGUCACGAUAUACGAUGGAUAUCGGAUUGACCGAAAUGAUGUGGGUUACAGUCUGCAAGGAAGCACCGCAACCAAGGUCUUCAGAGGUUUCAAUGCAUUGGGCACAAUAGCCUUCUCAUUUGGUGACGCAAUGCUGCCAGAAAUCCAGAGCACUGUGCGAGAACCGGCAACAACAAACAUGUACAAGGGUGUGUCGACGGCGUACACAUUGAUCGUCGUGUCCUACUGGACACUGGCAUUCAGUGGCUAUUGGGCAUUCGGCUCUGGAGUCCAGCCAUACAUCUUGUCCUCCCUGACCGUUCCAAGAUGGGCAAUUGUAAUGGCAAACAUAUUUGCAGUUGUUCAGAUCACAGGUUGCUUUCAGAUAUACUGCAGGCCGACAUACGCGCACUUCGAAGAGCGCAUUCAGGCGAAGAAUAUGGCGUACAGAGCAUGGCUGUGGCGACUGAUGUACACCUCUGCAUACAUGGCGACGAUCACCCUUGUUGCCGCCGCAAUGCCAUUCUUUGGGGACUUUGUAUCAGUUUGUGGAGCGGUUGGGUUCACCCCACUGGACUUUGUGCUGCCUGCAUUAGCAUUUCUGAAGGCUGGGAAGCUGCCCAAAAACCUGGGGCUGCGGCGUACCGUCAAGGCCCUUUGCUGUGCCGUCGCCGUCUUGUUCUCUGCCAUCGGAGUUCUUGCAUGCAUUGGAGCCAUCAGAGCAAUUGUGCUCGACGUCAAGACCUACAAGUUCUUCCAUGACAUGUGAUCAUAGUUAAGUUAUAUCAGGUUGCUCUUGUGCAUCAGUUCACUUAUAUGUAGGUUUGUGUGUGGCAGUGCUAGAUGCCAGGUAAUAUGCAAUGUUAUAUACAAUAGUACAUGGGGACUCAUUUUGUAAGUUGAGUCACAUUUUUGAAACAUGUAUAGGAUCAGAAUCAAAACACAGACAUCUCAGACCAAUCAGUAAGUCUAUAAUCUAUUGCCUACAAAAACAAUUCGAUGACCACAUAAAUCGAUUUACAAUUCCAGGAAAAAAGAUAUCAAGAAAGCAACAAAUAAGCAUACCACUCCAAUAGAAGAACCUAGAGCAAA